GCGUGCGGCGGAGCGUGUGAACCGCGGAGAUCGGGCAUAUUCAGCCAGGGUUUCGAAAGAGCUUCCUCAGCGCGAGUCUCACUCCCGCGACGCGAAGAAGCGAGCACCAGCACCUUCUGGAUGAGCGUUUGUUGCUCGUAGCGACGAGAACUCCCACCGCAAGCACCACUACCACUAAUAUCUCAACAACACGCCUCAGUCAGAGCACCGGAACUGGCGCGCGUGGAAGCCAGAAGCGAACCAUCGAACAUGCGACGAUACAUGGGUUGGCCGCAGUGCUAUGAGAUAGGAGUUGGGGACCUCUGUGGAGAGUGGUAUUGCUGGCGAGGAAGAUGGGUUGCACUCCGCUCUCCGGAGUGCCUGCGUCAUCUGUGCGGUGCCAUGGUGCGCUGGAUUGGAUUUGUCUUGAGAUCUUCAUCUGCCACACUGAACUACCUACUCGUCAUCCCUUGGCGAAGGCCGGAAAGUACCUAGCCAUUAUCCUCAACGCAACUGUCUUCCCGAAACCUGAGCUGAAUGUGCUCCAUAACCGCACGCACAGCCACCUUCCCGCCCAUCAGUCCCCCAUCAACAUUCCCCUCUGCCGCGACCAGAGCGAGCCCAGUCCUUCCUCCACUGUUGACUUCAACCCUCCCCGUCCUAUCCCAUCCAACGCGAGCCAACAGAUUGAGUCCCGAUAUCCUUUCUUUCCUCUCCCAACUCUAAAUAGCGGAGCUAGUCUUAGAUAUGAAUGUGCCUCGGCAUCCAGCCCAUGCCUCCACUGCAACCCCAGGAAGGAACGUAUGCGGGAAGUCGAUAUCCCCAUGCCGCAUUUUGGUAUAUAUGUGGCCAGAGUCCUCGUGAAGGCUGUUUUCCCAAUGACUGGCUGGCAAAAUAUUUCAAGAGACGAGUUCUAAGACCUGCCCGCACGUUCGGGGCCCAGAAGUCGCUUAUUAGUAAGUAGGUCUCGCCGGAAUUCAUCCCCGGCGGAAAGCGUGGAG